CCGUUUCCAGAGGGACUUUCCCGCCGGCAUCCACCUCGAGUUUGUCGCCGUCCAUUUCAUCGGCCAUUGGCAGCGGCGAUACGCUCAGAAAGACGGAGAGAGGGCUCAUGGGGAGAGAUCGGAAGAGAAUCUUGAUUGGUCUGGCGGUGGCGAUGUUCUUCGGGUUCGCGGUGUACAUGAGGCUUUGGACCAUCGACUACUCCAUGUCCUCUGACGAAUCCGAACUGCUUAGGAGGCAAUUCGACCUCGCGAACAGGGAGGCGAUGGACGAAUCUGCAGAAUGGCGUCGUUUGUACGACAAUCAACUUGAUAUAGCAAAUAAAUGUAAUAGUGAGCUCAAGAAGCUUAAUGAAUCUUUUGAGAAGGUGGGGGAUGCUACUAGAAUCAAUCAGAAGUUGAAGAAGAUGCAAGAGGAAAAUAUUGUUCUCCGUGAACAAGUGGAUGUCUUAAAACGAAAGCUAGAGACUGAGAAGUUGCAGUGUGGCUCUCAAUAGAGCUAGUCAACAAACACCCCAAAGAAUACUAACAUCAAAUUCGAAUAGUUUCUCUUUGUUGUCUGCAAACAAUGAAAGGUUUGGUCUGGACUGGACUUUGGAGGAGAGGAGUUUCUGCAAUCUCCAUGAGAAAUCGUUGACUCUCUCUUGCUUUUCCAACUGAACAAACCUCAGGGAAAGACAGUGAUUCUGGUGUGAGUUCAAGGCUUUGGCUGGUUCUCAUAUUUCAAUUCUGAGGAAUGGAUUGGUAGUCAGAUUCUCAUCAAGUUUCAACUGGCAUGGGAAUCUUUGGUAGAGGAAGCAAAAAUAUUGAGCUGCAUUAUCACUCCCCACUUUUAGGCGCAAGCAAAGCAAUGAGAAAAAGGUAAUGAACCUGUAACCCUGUUUUAAUGAAUUAAGUGCUGUGUAGAAGUUUAGCCCGUACAGCAGUGUUUACUGUUUUUACCUUUUUAGAAAAAUGGAACUUGGGUAUUACUCUUUUGUUCUGAGUUUAGAAUCCAAAUGAUCCAAGAAUUCAUUUGAAAUCUAUGCAAAUAGGGUGUGGGAAUGAUUUUGAACUUGUAUUGUUGAUUAGAAUAUAUUAACAGUUAAGAGUUGAUAUUAUAUUUCAACGAAGGACAAUUCUGGAAA